CGUGAAGCUAUCUGUAAACUACGUUAAUGCUGCCACUCUGCGGCGUCGUGUAGGACCUCCCCAACAUUUCAUCUAACAGUUGACUAAUGGUGGACGCGGUAUACUGUUCGCAAUUGGUCCUCAUAGCUGUCGCCCCGACGCCUUGCCCUCCUUAGGAGCGUAGUGAUAACCAGGACCUGGGCAGAGAGAGGGGCUCCGCAUUCAGCUCGGCUUCAGACCUCUUUUCCACAUUUUAUUAAAGGAUCUCGCGCCUCCGUUCGUAGUUGUUACUCAUGUUCUCGUUGAGCUUUUUCGACUUGGACAGCGUGAAUGAAGCAGCGCUGUUAACAUUCAAGACCAUCUGCUUAGAGAAAAGGGAGGUGGAAGAAAGAAGGAAACGACAGUAGAGAAAAAAAAAGAAAAAAAAAAGACGGAGGUUGUUUGGACCAGGACGACAAAGCGGCUAGCUUCCGGAGCUGUGAGGGCUAUUUACACUCAACGUGACAUUGAUAACUGAUAGGAGAUAAAACCGAGGAUAAUCUGCUGCCGGGGACAGCCUCGACAAUCUGCUGGCGUCGAAAAGAAGAUAAAUUAGUUAACGAGGUGUGAGCAAAACAUUAGACUGGAGCAUCGCUGUCAUCUGGAGGAAAACAAAGGAAACACAACGGUUCAGUUGUUUAUAUUGGCAGUUCAGCAGACAUUUAAACAGAGCUGAAUCCCACGGAUAAGACCUCCACUGUCAUAGAGGAUGAACCACCUAACCUUCAGUGAGCUGUGUUGCCUGUUCUGCUGUCCACCGUGCCCCAGCAAGAUCGCUUCCAAGCUGGCCUUCCUGCCCCCAGAGCCCACCUACAGCCUCAUGUGUGAUGAAAGCGGCAGCAGAUGGACACUGCACCUCUCAGAGCGGGCUGACUGGCAGUACUCUGUGAGAGAAAAGGAUGCCAUCGAGUGUUUCAUGACGCGCACCUCCAGAGGGAACCGCAUUGCCUGCAUGUUUGUGCGCUGCUCACCCAAUGCCCGCUACACGCUGUUAUUCUCCCAUGGAAAUGCUGUGGACCUGGGCCAGAUGAGCAGUUUCUACAUCGGUCUGGGCUCAAGGAUCAACUGUAAUGUGUUCUCCUACGACUACUCUGGUUACGGAGCCAGCUCUGGGAAACCCUCAGAGAAAAACCUGUAUGCAGACGUGGACGCUGCAUGGCAUGCGCUGCGAUCACGGUACGGCAUCCGUCCAGAGAGCGUGAUCAUCUACGGUCAGAGCAUUGGCACAGUGCCCUCUGUGGACCUCGCCUCUCGCUACGAGAGUGCCGCAGUCAUCCUGCACUCCCCGCUUACCUCUGGGAUGAGAGUGGCUUUCCCUGACACCAAGAAGACCUACUGUUUUGACGCCUUUCCGAACAUCGACAAGAUUUCCAAAGUAACGUCUCCGGUCCUGUUGAUCCAUGGUACCGAGGAUGAGGUCAUCGACUUCUCUCACGGCCUGGCGCUGUAUGAACGCUGCCAGCGCCCGGUGGAGCCUCUCUGGGUAGAGGGGGCCGGACACAACGACGUUGAGCUCUACGGACAGUACCUGGAGAGGCUGAAACAGUUUGUUGCACACGAGCUAGUCAAUUUAUAAAGCUGCUGGAAAUGAAAGAAGCCGGGAAGAAAGCCACUGUUUUAAAGUCGGCCUGAGUUAUUGUUUCUGCGCGAGUUGCUAAACUGAGAAUCGAUGCGUCUGUCUUGAACUGACCUCAUGGUGACUCGCCUCACUUAGUCGAGGCGUUUCUUCCCCCAUUUGGUUCUUUACUUCACCCGGGAUUACGCCGAUCCUUUUUUCACUGGAAACGUCACCUCAGUAUAAAUCAUUUUCCUUUGCUCUUAAAUAUAAGCGGAGAGGAGACCCAUGCAAGGACAAUAUUGGAGUUAAUGCAGUUAUUUCAGAAUAAUCAAGUGUCAUAUUUUUUUCCUGCCUUAUGAGAGAUGAUCUGUGGUUCUAAAUAGAGACCUGCAUUCCAGAAAAUGGCCUUUCUACAGACUGAUCAGUCUAAACCACCUCAACUCUGCAUCUAAAUCAUGUUUCAAUCUCCUCUCUUAGUACUGUGUAGAUUUUCUUUCCAACAUAACACGUUGGUUUUGCACAUUAUGGUUUGUCACUGAGGAGCUGAAGAAGACAAACUAACACUUCACCCAUCUGUGCCAGUUUUGCCAAAUGUUUUACUACGUUAAUGAAGCUUGUGUAAAUAACGAAGAUUUGAACUUGGCACCAUCUCUGUUAACUUGUAAAAGGUACAGCCUGAUUAUAAAUUAUUGAAGCAAGAUGAUGGUCUGCAGUGGAAGGUUUGGUUCCUUGUUUGAGAGUCUGUCCUUUCCAGCUCAAAGUAGUAACUUAUUGGUUUGAUGCAUUAUUGCUUUAAGGCACCAUUCUUCAUGCACCUGUUGAUAAAUAUGUUUUCAGAGAAUCUGUGGGCAAAAUUCUGAGCUUUUGAAAAUGAUCACUCCAUGUUUUUUUGUUGUUUUUUUUAAUCACAGUUUUGUACAAAUUCUAUCUCUGGAUCUUAAUAUAUCAAAUGAAAUACUUGCCUGCUUUAUGUAACUGGGCUAGAAUAUACUUAUUGUACUUUUUUCCUAAUGUAUACAGAAGCAAAACUGCUGUGAAAGCUGCUGUCCUGCAAGACCACUAUUUCCAAUCAGGACGAGUUGGGAUCACUGCUAAUAUUUAUGGCUUCAUCGGUUCAGGAAGUAGCUAAAAUCUGAAAAUAGGUUAUUUUAGGGGAAAUACAUUAUUUUUUUUUCAUUCAGUGUAUUUAGACUGGGCGGUUUAGCAUGGUUCUCCACUCUACUGAGACAAUAAGCUAUUUCGGUGAUUAGCUUAACAUCCAGGGCUUUGCUUUGUGUUCAUUUUAUCUUUCCUCAACAUAUUGCUGAAAUCUUUGUUUCGUUUGCCCUUUAAUUCAUAGAGCGCCAAAACAGAGCUGCGUCUCACCAUCACUCCACUAAAAGGAAAUGUCAGAGCUGCUGUGUGCCAUGAACGUACUAUUUGCUUUUAUUUUUAUUUUUUUGGCUGGCAUGAAGACAUUUAACUGUGACAGAAAUGUCAUUUUUGUUGGGGUUAUUUUUACACUUGGACUCUUGAAACUUCUUUUUUUUCCCUCACAGUUAACAAUGAGCCAACUGGUGCUACCGUAAACCUUCAGGUCUGACUGGCUGUCUAAUAAAAGAGCGGAAACGAGCAGCCGUUUGUCAGAUUGACCAAGAACCACAUCAGGAUUGGGGACGACUUGUUUUGAUGCAUUGGCAUGUUUUUUUCCUUGUAUUUUCUUUUGAUAUGUACAAAGACUUUUGCUUUUUUUUCACUGUAAUAAUUUUUUGUCAAGUUUUUAUUUCACUGGACUUUUGUUUUUUUUAAUCCCUCAAUAUGACAAGGCUGGCAUCCAGGCAGCCUUUUGUACUCACCACCCUUACAGGUUUUAACCGAUUUGAUUUAAUCUAGCAUAUUUCAAUGCAAAGAACCUAUGUAUUAGCAUUAAUAUAGUAAUUCUAACAUGGAUAGAAAAAUAAAACUAAGUGGAAAAAAUGAUGUA